CGGUGUUGGGGGCGCCACGGCGACUCCUGGUGACUCUCGGCAGCCUCUCCAGAGACUCCUCGCCGUCCACCCUGGCGAAGGACGAGCCUCUACCGAGCCUGCCGGUGCCGCAGCUGGAGUCCACCAUAAGGAAGUACCUGGCGCAGGUGGAGACGGUGGCACCUGCGCACCUGGAGAGGAAUCGUGCCCUGGCGAAGGCCUUCCUCGCGGGUCCUGGUCCCAGGCUCCAGCAGCGUCUCCUGGAGCGUAGGCAAAGGACCACGAACUGGGCAACCGAUUGGUGGUUGAACGACAUGUACCUCUCGGUACCUCUCGCUCUGCCAAUUAACAGCAAUCCAGGUAUUGUUGCAAAGCCGAAGAGGUUCUCCAACCAACGGGAGGCUGCCGUCUUCCUUGCUCGGUACCUGACGGAGCUCGUUGAUUUUCAGGAACUGCUGGACAGGUCCGGACUGGAAGUGGAACGAGUCAAGACGAAGGAUAGGAAGUCCUGGCAGCCCCUUUGCAUGGCCCAGCAUUAUCAGUCCCUUAUCACCUACAGGAGACCCGGCAAGGACCUCGACGAACGGGUCGUCUUCGACAGACCUUCCUCCGAUGAUCACAUCAUAGUAGCGCAUCACAACCAGUUUUACAGCAUCCCAGUUAGGGCCUCGGAUCGAGGACGCGUCACGGAAUCCGAAUUGACCCAGCAGAUCCUGCAGAUCAUGGAAAUUCCUCCCGAUCCAAGGACUCCUCUCGUCGGGGUGCUCACCGCCAAUCGGAGGCCGGUCUGGGCGAAGGCGAGAGAAGAAUUGCUGAAAAACGAGCGCAAUCGACACAAUCUCGAGCUGUUGGAGCGCUGUCUCUGCGUGGUGUGCAUCGACGAUGACGUCCUUCCAGCGACGUUUAAUAAUCCUUAUAGAAGUGAGGAUCGAUGGAUCGGCGAGCGCGAUUACGCCAACGUUCUUCAUCAUGCUCUUCACGGCGGCGGGUCCCGGCAUCUCGGGUGCAAUCGUUGGUACGACAAGAGCGUGCAGCUAAUCCUCGGCAAGGACGGCUUGUGGGGCAUGAACUACGAGCACUCCACCGGGGAGGCUUCUUCCGUCUUGUCGACCUUCGAGGAGCUCACGGAGAGAGUGGACGCCAUGUCACCCCCUGAUGACAACCAGGUGCCAUCGCAUCUUCCGGCACCGGAGAAACUCGAGUGGACCCUUUCCGAACAGAGUCUGAACGACAUCAGAGAGGCGAUGACUGCAUUCGAUGCGCUCGUGGAGGACCUCGACCUCUGCGUGAUGUGCUUCCAGGAGUACGCACAGGACUUCGUUAAAUCCUGCCGCGUCAGUCCAGAUGCCUACAUACAGCUGGCCUUGCAGCUAACGUACUUCAAGUUGCACGGAUGUCUGGUGGCCACGUACGAGAGUGCAGGUAUACGGAGAUUCGCCCUGGGUCGUGUCGACUGCAUCAGAGCUGCCAGUCCUGAAACCCUCGCCUGGGUGAAGGCCAUGUGUCAGGGCGACCCUGAAUCCCAAAGUGCUGAUCAACGAUACGCCGAUCAAGAGGACGGAACCAAAAGAGUUCAGUUCACCAUUUACAGUGAGCAGCAAAUCCGAGAGCUCUUCGACGCGGCCGCGCAGAGACAGGCAAGGGAGCUUACCGAUAAUAUCCUGGGAAAUGGGAUAGAUAAUCAUCUGAUGGGAUUGAGAUAUGCCGCCAAGGAAAGUGGAGAACCCAUGCCCGACAUCUUCACCGACGAGGCGUACAAAAUUGUCAACCACUUCGCCCUGUCCACUUCUCAGGUGACAACGAAGAACGAAGGCAUGGCGGGAUAUGGACCGGUCGUUCCGGACGGGUAUGGCUGCUCCUACAACAUGCGGAAAAAUGGCUUCAUCUUCUGCGUCUCGGCAUUCCACAGUGAUGGAAGAACGAACGCGAUGAGGUUCGCUCGGGCCCUGGAACAAAGUUUGAGAUCAAUGGCCAACAUGCUGCGAACCAGAAAGGAGUGACGCUCCUUUACAAACUCCUUAUAAUUAUAUAAAUAACAGAUAACAACAAGAGAAAAAAAAAAUAUUGAAAGAUAUUCCAACGCGUUAUAGGAAACAUUGGAAUUCCGGAAUCUCGGAAAUUAAAUUCGAGGCUCUCGGAGCGUUUUUAGAGAAUUUCACUCGUAGGCCUCGAAAGCGAAGAAAGUAUUUAUCCUAGUCGCGAGUAGUAAGGUUAAUAAUAAGUUAACGUUACAGUUACUACGAUAUUUUAACGUUACAUUCAGUUCCUUCCGUGAUCGUUAAGAAAUGCCGGAAAUUAAUCGAAGAUUUAGAAGGUGUAUAAAUACACCUAACGUCGUACAUUUACAAUGUCAGUGGAUUUUUACUUAAAUUAAACACGUAACAUUAUGUUAUCAUUUUUGCGUUAACUCAGCUUAGAUGCCGAACAUGAUAUCACAGAGACGAUGUAAUUUUCCUGAAAUUUCUUGUCGCGUAGAAAUGAUCAAUUGCUGGGUAUGUAAAUUUACAUGGGAAUUUUUAUCAACGACGAGAGUAUUUACUCCAGUAGUAACGGUAACGUUAACGAUAAGCACCCAAGAGAUGCCGAAGAACGCCUAGAGAAUUUCUCGAAACUCGUGCGCACUCGCACUUACGCCAAAGAAGUACCUACGGAUUAUUACGUACAUAUCCCGAGAAUAUACAUAUAUCACGCGUUACGCAUGUUAUCGAAUAAGGUAGGGAAAUAACGGCGACGUUAUCAUUAAGCUCGAGUAGAAAUCGUGUCUCGAUAUGGUAGACGAUGAAGAGGACGAGCCCGCGUCGCGACGCCGGCGUCGAGGCCCUCGAAAUAGUCGCUGAUGCGUGUAGUAGGCAAUAUAUAGAUCGAAUUAUCGUAUCACCAGACUCUCUUAGAAAUAGUCUGUACAGUCUCUCCGAGUACUCGUACACACGCUGCACAUAUAUUCGUGGGAAUUCGGUGGCAAACUCGGCGUCCAAAAUCGCGGUUUCCGCAACCGUGAUAAGCGACGCCGAAGUCGACACCGCAGGUAACGUUGCACAUCGACAUGUAUAAUCGGUUCCGGUGUAAAUUUCCAGGUGUCAAAAAGAAAAGAAAAAAAAAACAACGCAGGUGCUGGUCUUACCCCGCCCGGAAUUCCGGAAUUACACCGGACAACUAUCGACAUUACGUCGGCGUCUGUACGAGUUUGCACUGUAAAAUUUCUUUAUGGUGUAAAUAAUGUCUCACUCGCUGGAACCGACGUUCUGCCUUUCAUUUAGAUCGGUAUCCACGUUACAGCGCGAUUUUCCUGCGGAUUCCGCGGAUUACCGGGGACAACUCCUCGAAGACUCCUGAUAACGGUUUGGAUUUACAUGAAAUUACCGAUAGUGCAUUUUUUCCCUCCACUUCAUUCGCAAACUGAGCUCUGAAAUUGAAAUUAUGGACAAAUUGCGGAACAACUUUAGGUCUUGCACAUAGCAGCCCUUCGAGGGGUCGUCCUUAUCAGGGGGUCCGCGUCUUAUCCGCUGAUAAGCGCGGCCAGUCGCAAUUGCAUUGGCGCCCGCACAGUAAACUCUUGUCCAUUUCUUAGAGUAGAUCGGCGAAUUGUCACCGCAUUCGGAUUGUCAAUGGCUGAUAGUAGCUCUGUCUGUGUCUGUCUGUCUGUCUGUCUGUCUGCCUGUCUGCCUGACUGUCAUUCGCUUAACUUCUUGUACGACCCCGAGUCAACGGACUCUAUCCACCGUAGACAUUUUGACAAAGGGAAUGUCCCGCGAUACCGGAUCGAUUUUUACGAUCCUAUCGAUCCGAUCAUUUCCACCGGUCAAAUUUCGACCAACCAACAAUUUUCACAUUUUUCACCCGUGACGUUUACACGUUUAAUGCACGUUAAGGGGAUAACCACGCGCUGUAAUACCAUGUACCAUGUACGAUAUCAAAAUCGGGGAACAUUUCCUUUGUUAUAAAUUAAUUAGCGCAAUUAGUGGUGUAUUAAACUAGUGGUGCUCGGUAGACUCGCCGGACGAUGUGAUCAAUAUUAUUAAUAUUAAUUACGAGCAUGCGUAGGAUCGAGUAGUGAUAAUUAUUACAGAUAAGUGUGCAUAGAUACGCGAAAGAUUGGCGUAUACAUAUAUAUAAUAUGUAUAUUAAUUGGACAUGCGGAGAUAUAGUUUCUACGCAAGAUCCUUCGAUCGCAUCGACGUUAGGUUCUCCGUGAUGUUGAUACUUGCACGGGGAUUACUAUUUAUUAUUGUUGAUAUAUAAUUGUCGGUAUAUCGAUAGGACGCACCUUGGGGCGUUCGACCGAAGAUAUUUUGCGAUACGCGUAUAUAGGCUCGUUAUGUCAUUAGAGUUAUUUCUAUACGUUGAUCAUAAGUUACGUUUUACACAGAGUUUACAACCGGAGUUCGUUAGCUGCUUCGGGAGCGUUGACAUUUUUUUUUUUUACGCGGUACAUAUAAGGGAGAAAGAAAUUGCCACUAAAAUGUAUCUCCGUUAUCGUUACAGAAACGAACGCAUAGCCAUAUUAUAUAUAUAUAAACAAAUUUUAAGAUGUGCUUGCGUAGGGCGUUUCUCUGCAGGUACAGAAGCGUUGUCUUUGUUAUGUUAUCAUCCCCAACAAUCUUUAACAUAUUAAAUUAUUAUUACACUCUGUGAUAUUCUUCGACAUCGAUUUGUCAGUUUAUUUGGAUCGUAUCGUUCGGAACAAUUCGUGAUAAAAGAAAUGUUUUCUAGUUACGAUACGUUACAAUCUAAACAAGAGAUGUUACAGCGGCCAGAUAAAUUUUGAGGAAUUGAUUCUUCCGAGGAAUGACAUUUUAAUUUAACCAGUAUCGUUCGUCGCGUAAAAUACCAAAUUGCAUGUAAUCUACUUUUCAUCUGGUUUUGGUAAAUCUUAUCUUACACGUACGCCUUGUACGAAUGCAGAUGUGCUAUCAAGCUCGAGUGUACAACAUGUGAAAGUGUUCUAUCCUAGCUAUAAGUGCGAAACUACACACGAUAACGAGGUGUUAUCACUCGAUACAUAUCAAAAACUUAUGUGAUCGCAUUUUUGCGGCCAAGAAUAUCACACGCAUACCAGGCUAAAGCCCACAUAGUUAAGACAAUGUCGGUAACUACUAAAGUAUUGUUAAAGGACGCUGUCGAUAGCGUCAGAAAGAAAUCCCGCCACCUGUAAUUACACUGUCCACUUUCUUUUUGCGCAAUCGAAACUAAUUCCACCCCGAAGAGAAAAAAUCCACCGAACCAGAGAAAUAUAUUUUUAGUAACUAAAUAAAUAUUUUGUUAAUUCAGUGAAUAAUUGGACGCGAACGAACUCCAAUUAAUUGUCGUCAUUCCGAAGGAAAUGUCGCGUCCAAUUUAUUCGAGUUUGUUGGAGUGAAAUAAUUAUUCCUCGAAUUAACAAGAUAUCUCAUUGAUACAAUUUAAAGAAAUAUUCAUCUGGUUGGAUGAAAUUUUUAUUUUUCAGGGUAGGAAUCGUAGUUUUGCGAGGAAUCGGCUGAUUGACCACUGAAGAGGCUCCUUUAGAACCGCGGGUUUGCACGCGCACGAUAUCGCCGCCGUAUGCAAAUAUCGCGUAGUCGUACCGAAUAAGUAAACUCGACUUUCCGUCUACACGGAAAGCAUACACAGCAUACCUCGGUAAGGAAAAUCACCCGAGUUAUUGCGGUAUUAAUGUACGUCUCUUUGUGCAUAAAUAAACUCUGUUGCGACAUUA